UUGAGAUGCUGCGAUGAUGAGGUACUCAAUGUGGUACUCACCUUUGAUAUUGUGGGGCAGGUGCACGUCGAGUACUGCUCACCUGCAGUUUGACCCCGCCCUUCUGGCCUUGACAGAUACCUUAGACAUCGAUCUCACCAUAUGAAUAUCAUUCAGAUGAUGGCUUCAACCAGUGAAAGCGUCGGGCCAAUUGCUGAUAUCCGUCUUCAACUAAAUUGUCUCGGCUCCCUACGGGCAACCAAGCCCAUUGCAUGGACCAGCAUCUUCCCAUAUUCCCUGAUGCGCAGAUAUCCUUUUUACGCUGGCCUCCUCAUUGCAAUAUUGAUCUUCUCCGAAUUCCUCAGUGGCAUGAUCUGGUCCCGCGUCAGUGACAAGAUCGGUCGGAAGAGAUGCCUUCUCAUCGGUGGUUCAGUGUGUAGCAUGAUAACUUCAGGAUGGCUUCGUAUUUUACAUUCCAUAGCCAGUGCUGCCGCAUCGAGGGCUUUUGGUGGUCUUCUCAACCCCAACACCGGGUUAGUUCCAGCGUGUACUGUUGAGGUUGCAAGAAAGGAUGGGCAAAGAGGUCUUUGGAAUAUGUACGACACAUGGACAGCUAGUGGAUACUCCACUCAGAAGCCUUGCCUGGAUCUAAUCCAUACCAGCAAUCUCAUCGGCCAAGUUCUUGGAGGCAUGUUGGCAGAGCCAGGUAAAAACUACCCGUCGGUGUUCCCACCUGGUUCCAUAUGGACAACCCAUCCAUUUUUGCUACCCAAUCCCGUGGUAGCGUCUCUGCAACUGUUUGCGUUGAUCUUCACCUCUCUCUUCCUAGAGGAGACGCACCCGGAGCUCCGAGAAAUUCCGGACUGA